AAACGCUUUACGACAACAAGAAGAAGAGACAUGCCGUCAUUCAUAACCAAAUCUGGCCCUCUUUAUUGUACAAUUGAGUCUUAACCAAGCCUUUUAGAUUAUUUUUAUUUUCUUAGAUACGCCACCGUGGUUACAGUCAGAGUUGAAAAAAUUUGCAGGGCACCUUUGCUCCUCACUGUACAUCCUAGCUAACUGCUAACAAGUUUGUUUGCUAACAGCUAGUUAACGUGUGUUGAGUGGUGCUCAGUCUUUGUUGUGGAUGAUUUUGAGAAGAUCUACCUGAGUUUCUAGAAUAAUAAAGAAUUUUACGGUUUUCCACCUUCAGAAAACAACAACAACUUUUCAAAGAAGACAUGGAGGCUCCUCCUGUGACUGUAAUGCCCGUUACCGGGGGCACAAUCAACAUGAUGGAGUAUCUGCUUCAAGGGAGUGUGCUAGACCAGGCCUUGGAAAGUCUUUUGCAUCGUCUCCGAGGUCUGUGUGACAACAUGGAACCUGAGACCUUCACAGACCAUGAACUGGUUUAUCUCCUGAAAGGUCAACAAGGCAACCCUUUCAUUCUGCGUGCCCGUCGCUCUCUGUCCCACCCCACAGCUCCAUGGCAUCUACGCUACCUGGGCCAACCUGAAGUGGGAGAUAAAAGUCGCCAUGCACUGGUACGCAACUGUGUUGAUGUGGCUGCUUCACACAGCCUGCCAGAGUUCCUUAAUGAGAUGGGCUUCCGCAUGGACCAUGAGUUUGUGGCCAAUGGUCACGUGUUUCGUAAAGGUGCGAUGAAAGUAGUGGUUACUAAGCUGUCGCGUAUCCUGGUACCAGGGAACACGGAGAACACGGAGCGUCUGUCACUUUCAUACUUGGUGGAGCUGAGUGUGUUAGCUCCUGCUGGUCAGGACACUGUAUCAGAAGACAUGCGCAGCUUUGCUGAGCAACUCAAACCCCUUGUUCACUUAGAGAAAAUUGACCCAAGCAAACAGAGACACUGAGCUGUCCUGUAGAGGAUGGAGAUCCCUCUGACUGUUAUGGACAAUUUACACCUUUUUGUAUGCCUUUUUUUAAAUCAGUACUUUUUUGCUUUAUAAAAUAAAAUGCAACAAAAUGUUCA